UGUUUAUUUUUGCACGCUUGAGCAAGAAAGAGGCAGGCGGUGCCAGCAGGGGCCGUUGCAAAAAGCGCUUCUUCUCCCUCCUUCCUCCAUGGCCGCCGUCGCCGUCGCCCGCGCCCUGCGGGAAGAGCUCUUCUGCCCGAUCUGCCUGGAUUACUUCGGCGAUCCGGUGAUCCUGAGCUGCGAGCACAACUUCUGCCGGGCGUGCAUCACCACCUACUGGAGCGGCCUGGGCGACAGCUUUUUCCCCUGCCCGCAGUGCAGGAAGAGGUCCCGCUCCGGGAAGCUUCGGCCCAACGCGCAGCUGGGCAAAGUGGCCGAGAGGGCCAAGGAGCUGGCCUCGCUCGCCGAGCUCCCCGGCACCUCUCGGGGCGCGCCUUCCCCGCCGCCGGCCAGCAGCAGCCCAGGAGCGGGGCUGGUGUGCCGGCAGCACCAGGAGCCGCUGAAGUUGUUCUGCCUGGCGGACGAGGGUCUCAUCUGCGUGGUCUGCGACAGAUCCAAAGAGCACCGAUCUCACGCGGUGGUCCCCGUGGACGAGGCAGCCAAGGACUACAAGGCCCAGUUUCAACACCACCUGGCCUUGUUGAAAAGCGAGAGGGACAGCAGGGAGGUCCUCGCAAUGAACCAAGGGAAAAGGCUAGAGAUGUUGCUGGGUCGUGCGGAAGCCGAGGGGCAGAGAACUGCCCACGUGUUCCAGCAGUUAAGGAAGACCCUUCAGGACAGGGAGAGCCAUGCCCUACAGGGGCUUUCGGAAGUGGCCAGCGAGGUGAAGAAAAUGCAGCGGGAGAACGAGAGCAAGAUCCUGCAGGGGGCGCCGCUUCUACGAGGGCUGAUAGUUGAGCUGGAACAAAUGUGUCAGCGGCCGGAUACUGAGCUCCUCAAGGAUGCUGGGAGCCUCUUGAAGAGGUGCAAAAACUGGAACUUUCCAAAAUGGUCACCUGUGUCCACCACUGAAUUGGAAGAGAGAAUUUUCCAUCUCUCUCGGAAGAAGACUGCCCUGUGGGAGCAUAUGACCGAGAUGAGAGAGAUCAUCACCUUGGAUCCCGAUUCAGCUCAUCCCAACCUGGCGAUUUCAGCUGACCGGAGGACUGUGAGCCGCAGGGAUGGCUUCCCAGCUUACCUCAACACUUCUAGAAGAUUCCACCCCUCCUUCUGUGUGCUGGGCUCUGAGGGAUUCUUGAGCGGCCGCCACCACUGGCUGGUAGAUGUGAAAGGCCGCUGCGGUUGGGCCCUCGGUGUAGCUCAGGAAUCUGUGGAAAGGAAGAGGCCCGUGGUACUUCAACCAGAACAUGGGGUUUGGGCUGUGGAGUUGGGGCCCUACCAGCUCCUUCCUGCAACGCCAGCAAUUGUGGCAGAGCCGGAGACCCCGACCCGCAGGAUUCUGGUUAGCUUGGACUAUGAGGCAGGGCGGGUGACCUUCUCCGACCCUUGUAGCUCAGAAACACUCUUCACUUUGAGGGCCUCCUUCACAGAGAAGCUUUACCCGUUCUUUUGGCUGUGGUCCCCUGACUCCUCUCUCACACUGUGUCCCUGAGGCAAAGUUGAAGGGUGGAAAGGAACGGGAGAUGCUGUCGCCUGAUCACCAUCUUCUUCCCUGGAACAUAGCUGCCAAGUCUCCCGUUUUCCCCGGGAAACCCCCGUUUUUACUUACCUUUUCCCGGUGGUCCCCCAUAUCAUUUCGUCUCCCGUUUUUCUCCGUUAUUUUCUCCUGCCGGCGGCCAUUUCCCCCCCCUGAUUUGCCCUUCUAUGGGCACAAAAAUUGGCCGCCGCCGGCUUCAAAAGUCGUAUCUAUGCAUGACCGGAAGUGCAUAGAUGCGACUUCCAGUGUCGGCGGCGGCCAUUUUGGUGCCCAUAGAUGGGCGGGCCGACCCCAGAAGUUGCGUUGACGCACUUCCGGUCAUGUGUAGAAGCUACUUUUGAAGCCGGCGGUGGCCAUUUUUUGUGCCCAUAGAAGGGCAAAGCAACACCGGAUGUUACGUCAAUGCAACUUCCGGUGUCACACGGCUGCCGGUCCCGGAUUCUGCAGUCCGGGACUUGGAAGUUAGCCCUGGAGUGAUGUGGGGGGAAAUAAAGAACAACUCGUACUGGUUCACCCACAAAACUAUUUUUGUUAACUCCCAAUAUACAAGGUCAUUCAAACAGAUUCCGGGUCUGUGAGUCCUGUUGGAGCCAAGUAGGACUCAGAAUCUGCCAUAGUCUGUAUCACGGGUUGGCAAAGGAUGAUGGGAGUUGAAGUCCAACAGAGGAUUGUGGGCCACACAUUCUAUAUACCCUUGAUCUAUAGGCAAUCGUGCAUUGCUAAACCCGGGUUUGCCAAUAAGGCAGAGUGCCCUGGAUAGACUGCUGCACAUAGGGUGGGGAGAUUUAGGACAUUCAGCACAUGGUACUCCGUCCCUUCAAAAAGUAUCGCUUUAUCUCUGCUGAAUCUACCUCAAAGGGUUGAAUAAAUGGAGAAUAAAAAUGCACACUGGCUUGAACUCUUGAGGUCAAGCGUGAUGGGAGUUGUACUCCAAUAACUCUGGGAGGGCACUUGCUUCAGAAGACGGACGGGAUCGAAAUGUAGUUGUACUUGACACGGUUUUGAAAUAUUUAUUCCUACCUGGCUGGAAAAGAGUUAAUCCACCUCCAGCCUGACUGACAUACUAUUCUGGUGGGGGCGGGACUGUUCCCAGUUUAAAAGGAGGGAGCAGCGGUUUUGUCAGUUGAGGAGAGGGAGUGGGUAGGUGUGAAGAAGAAAGCUGAGAGGUCAGGAUAGUGGGGAUCUAGAUGAGGUUCAGGAAGGCUCGAUGUUAAAUGUUUGACAGAGAUUAUCUACAACCGAAACAUAUCUUAUAAACACAUGAAACGUUAAAUAAACAACUAUGUUCUAAGGUUAAUAAAAUUCUUUUCUUUUGUGCCAAGAA